CGGAGGCGAAUUUGGAUUGGCUAAUCCGAAUUUAGACCCCGCGUGCGGACAUGUCGCAACGGAAUUGACGUUAUGCGGCCUUUAGAGAACCCAGCCCGGGAAUUUGGAUACAGCCAAUCAGAAGUGAAUCGGGUGCAAAGUCAGCUGACAACACACUCACAACCAGGAAGAAUGGUCAGAAGUUACAUCUAAAAACUGGUUGUUACAGCACGUCUUAUAAAACGUAUGUAUUAACUAUUAAAAUGUUCGGUGGAGACGACGAAGAUGGAGAUUUCUUGUCACCAGCAGGCGGAGCCAAGUUGGCUUCUCUGUUUGGGUCGGAUGAAGAAACCAGUCGAAGGAACGAGUCAUUUUAUUAUACAGCCCCAAAACAGCCGAGGAAAAGUUCAAAUCCAGUAUCAGUCAUCCAGACAGCAGCACUGUCUCCUGGUACCCUGGAAGUGUUGUUUGCUGCUGCAGUUCAAGCCUUUCAAUACAUAAAUGGACAAUACGUGAAGCAGGGAAAGCUGGGGGCAGCCAUUCUGGGAAACCACACAAGUAAAGAGUACAAGCUGCUUCUGUACGUUAGCCAGCAGAAACAAAUUACUUCUGCCAAGAUCCACGUUGACUUCAUUUUCACGGUACAGCCCAACAAUUAUUGCACAUUUUAUGAUGACCAAAGACAAACUUGGUCCCUAAUGUUUGAAUCUGCAAAAUCAUCAUUUGACUUCUGUAAAGAGGUGUGUUUGGCAAAGGUAAACAGCUGCAAUGUUUUAGAUGUGGUACUGACUCAAGACCUCAGUCUCGGGGAAGGCCAUGCAGUUCAAUACGGAGACUCCUUGGAGGUGGCCUACAGAGGCUGGCUCUUGCAAAACCAUACUAUUGGACAGAUGUUCGACUCCAAUCAAAAUAAAGACAAGUUGUUACGGCUGAAGAUUGGAGCAGGAAAAGUAAUUCAAGGAUGGGAGAAAGGGGUGCUUGGGAUGAAGAAGGCUGGCUGUCGUCUAAUUGUUGUCCCUCCGAGCUUUGCUUAUGGUUCACAAGGCGUCCCUGAUUGUGUCCCAGCCAACAGCACUCUAAUUUUUGAAGCAGCAAUAAGACGGGUGAAAGUCUCCAAGGACUGUGGCUCAGAUCAGACCAGUGCUAGUUCAAGAGAUUCUGGUACUCUCUCCCCUACUCUUAGUGUUGAUAAUCUGAUAUUAGAGCCACCAGUACAAACAGCUGCAUUGGACUCAGGCAAACUAGGGGAGACACCUCUGCGUGCAAAGUCAGAUUCCCUGAGUGAACAGCUCACUACUACUGAUGCCACGAAGGCCAAGCUGAUCUCACGAAUGGCAAAGAUGGGCCAACCCAUGUUACCCUUUCUAACAUGUCAGCCUGAAUCGAGCGACUCUGAAUUGGAGGAUACCACUGUUAGAGCCAAGAAUCUGCCUGUUGCAUCAUCUCCUGUGCAUAUCUCUUCUGCUGCCCCAGUUCAAGCACAUGCGCUUUCACAUCCCUAUCCUGUUUUUCCGACGAAUGUGCUUCCCAACCUUACCAAUGUUGCUGCACAGCCUGGUUUGCUAGGUAGCACACACACUUUUCAGUUCUACUCCAACACACAGACUUCUGUUCCUACAAAUCAGCUCCAGUCUUUGAGCCAAAUUUAUCCUUCACGUGUCCCUUACAUUGGCUCCAGUGACGUGACUUCCUUCUUGAUGAUUGAGACUCGACAGCAAAAUACAGAGAUCGGUUAGCUGUCGGAAAAAGUAGCGGAAAAGGUUGAUCAACUUGUAUCAAAGAUAGAUGACCUUCAAAGGCAGGGAACUGUCUCAUUGGGCCUGUCUGGUAUAUCGAUGGAGUCCUCAAUGAUCCUACAAAA